AUGGGGGGCGAUUUGAUUGAUGCAAGAUUGGGCUUCAGUCGAACAUCAGAUUUGGAGAUUGAAACUUCGAAAUCUACAAAGGUAUGUUUAUCUGGUUCAAUCAACAGUGUUACAGCUGCGACAAGGCAUGAAUAUGAAACUACCUUAAAGAAUCAGGAUCCAGAUGUUUAUGAUUUGAAUCCAAUAACCAAGGAUACUGGAUUGGAAGACUCUUUUAUGCAGAAAACAACAAAUAUUGGAAAGAAGUUUGAGAGUGUGGUAUCUGAACUAAAGAAGAAGUUGGAUGAUAAUGCAAGUUCCAGAAAUGAUGUUUCAGCACAGAGUGAUAUGGUGAACCAAUCGGUUCCCAUGCUUGCAAUUGCUGAUAUCUAUAAUGAGGAAAGAUGUGAAUUAGCUGGCUUGUACAAUGAUGGAGAGCACUAUGAUUCAGAGGAUUCCGCAGAGGGUGGUUUUCUAACAGAUGAAGAAGGGGAAGAUGCUGUUGCCGAAGAUGAAGAAUAUUUGUUUCCCAACCCAGAUGAGGCUGAAGGUACCAAGAAACCAGAGAUUGGAAUGAGUUUUGACACGCUGGAUGAUGCUCACAGAUUCGUGAAUAUAUAUGGGCAAGUGAAUGGAUUUGCAGUUUUUAAGGGGAGAAACUACAAAAAUAAGAAAAUAUUUUUGAUGUGCAAUAAAAGUAAGAAAGCAGCAGAGCCAAAGAAUCCACACAAGAAAAGGAAAAGAUCCUAUGUUAAGGGAACCAGUUGCAAGAUGAGGAUCAUUGUAGUGUUGCAGCAAGGCAGAUGGAAGUUCAGUGAUGUAGAUCUUGUGCAUAAUCAUGAUUUAGUGAGCAGCCCUUCUUUGACCAAAUUCUUCAUUAAUCAUAGAUAUAUGACUGUUGAGGAGAAAAAAUUUUCAAGAAUUCUCCAAGAAGCUAGAAUAAAGCCAAGGAGAAUAAUGCAAAUAUUUAGAAAGAUGAAAGGCAGCUUCAAGAACAUGAAUUUUGGGAGAACACAGCUUAAAAAUCUGAAGCAAGCUGAUAGAAAGCAAAAGAUGAGAAAUACAGAUAUAGAUAGCACCAUGAACUACGUGAAGAAAAUGCAAAAGCAACAUCCUGGUUUCUACUACACUAUGAGAACAGAUGACGACAACACGGUUAGAAGUAUUUUCUGGACUGAUGCGUCUUCAAGACUAAACUACAAGCUGUAUGGAGAUUUCAUUUCUUUUGAUACUACUUUCAGCACAAAUAAGUAUAAUAUGCCUUUUGCUCCUUUGGUUGGGAUUAAUGGUCAUGGGAGAACUGUGGUUUUUGGAUAUGCAUUGCUAGAAAAUCAAACUGCAGAAACUUUCUCUUGGCUAUUUAAUGUACUGCUGGAAGUAAUGGAUGGUAGAAGACCAGAAAUUAUAAUUACAGAUCAAGAUGCUGCUAUGAAGAAGGCAAUAUUUGAAGUUUUUGGGACAGAAGUUCAUAGAAAUUGCUUUUGGCAUAUCAUGAGGAAUGCUAGAGAGAAUCUUGGAACCUUAUUGAAAGACAUAGAAAAUCUCGGAAAAGAAUUAGAGAAGGUGAUAUAUGAGUCCAUAAGUAGAGAGGAAUUUGAUGAAGGGUGGACAGCCAUCAUAGAAAAAUAUGGUCUGCAAGAAAAUUCAUCCCUGAAAUUGAUGUGGAAAAAUAGACAUAUGUGGGUACCAGCUUACUUCAUGGACGUGUUCUGUCCAUUCAUCAAGACCACGGGUAGAAGUGAAAGCACCAAUUCAUCAUUUAAGGAUUAUGUUUUGAGAAAGGAUAGCAUAGAAACAUUCCUUCAGCAAUGUGAGAUAUUUCAGGAGGAACAAGCUGAAAUUGAGCGGAGGGACAGAUUUGAAUCAAAUGUUCAGGAGCCGGUUUUUGCUUCUAUGCAAAUGAUUGAGAGGCAUGCUGCAGAGGUUUACACGAGAAGCAUAUAUCUGAAAUUUCAAAAAGAAGUUCACAAUUCUGGAGCGUACUCUAUUGAAGAGGUAGAAAAGGAUGUGAAAUAUAAUGUUCAUAGGCUUAUCCAGCAUGAAGAUAUUGAGUUCUAUAGGAAGACUUUUACAAUUGAAGUUGACCAGAACUAUAAUUCAUUCAAUUGUAUUUGCAAAAAGUACAACAGGGAUGGGAUCGUUUGCUGCCAUGUGCUCAGGUUAUUUACACAGCUUGGUAUCCACAAAAUUCCAGAUAACUACAUCAAGCAAAGAUGGACUAAAAGCUAUUUGGAAGAAGAAUUGAAAAGGCAUAAGCUUAAAGGACUUGAACAAAUAGUAGAUUGUAGAGAUGACCCAAUAUUUAGGCAUGCUAUGAUGAUGAAUUCCUUGUCGGAAAUGUGCUCGAAAGUUUGCAAAGAUUCUGAAAGAAGUGAGAAGUUUAUGAAGGAAGUUCAAAUGGUUUUUGACAGAAUGGAAUGUGAAGAAAAUGCUUCUCAAUCAACUGAUUUAGUUGUGUACAAAGACCCAGCAAUUGUAGAAGCUGUUAGUGUCGAUAAGGGCCACAGGUUGUGUCGGCCGGCUGAGAAAAGUUCAAUGCAAAAAAUUCAAAAGGAGAAGGCAGCCAAGGAGAAGGCGGCGAAAAUGAAGGAGAAUGCUACUCCCAAGAAAAAGCAGAUCAGCAAGCAGCAUCCAAAAAAAAAAGGCAAGACAGAAGCAAAUGCUAGUGAAGUAGAUGGUGCUCCAAAAGAAAAGUGA